AUGGAAUCGAUUUUUUUAACCCCUGAGUUUGAUCAGUAUGAAAAUUAUCGACUUCUUAAGGUCGAUGGCUCAUGGCUAAACCACCUCAAAGUUAACCGCCACACCCUUUCCUCCAAGUCUGUGUCGGUUGGAAAGCGGCAUAGGCGUCCUUCCGAGCCCUCAGAGAAGGAAGGGGAGGCGAAGAAGAAGCCUCAGAUGAUUUUGUGGGCUAAAGGGGAUCGUUCUUUGAUAGCCUGCGAUACUGCCCACACACGGAUAGUACGUCGGGUUGAGUACUCGAACUCCAUUUUGGUCGCCCAGCGGCGUGAUGGCCCUGUAAAACCCGCCGUCGUCGCCUCAGCCGACCCAUCCCAGACGAGCCAUGCGAGUGUGGUGGUGGCUUCGCUUUCACAGAUCUUCGAAACGCGCGCGAUACCGCCCCAACAUCGCACUCAUGCCCUCCUAGCAAACUCCUUACUAACCCUAGAAGAAAUAGAGAUGGGGACAGAGGAAUCGAUCGAUCGGGAAGUCCCAACCGCGGGGGAAACUUCUAGUGGGAAGAAUGUUGGUCAGCAUCUUACAUUUGUGGAUCUCGUGCGCGCGAAUGAUUGCAGCCCUAUGGAGCUAGUGACCGCCCUUAGGGCAAUGGGCGCGGUCGUGCACCGCGGCUACGUUCGGUUGCUUGAUCGCAAGAUUCUCUGCGAGGCGCUGGAGGCGGUAUUGACGUACGUGGAUGCGGAGGAUGAGGCGCCGACGUGGGAUCAGUUAGCGGACUACUUUUCUUCGGUAUAUCUCCCUAUUGUACUCCAGGUCGUCCGAACCGUGUAUGGUGCACCCACGGCGACCAUUCCAAGUGAUGCGAUUGAAGAUAUUUUUUCGGAGGGGCCGCUGCUGAACGACAAGUGGUCCUUAUUCAGCAUCCCAAAAGUUCUUUUGGGUUUAGCAGGCCACGUCUUUGAAGUUGACCCGUCUGCCUCGUUGGAAGAGGUGCAGCCGGGCGUGUUGGCGAUUAGGAUGACUUUUGAGUCCUUCUGGGACGCCUGGAGGCGCCGCAUCCCUGCCGAGUGGUUGAAAUGCGAUGGGUUUCUUUCAUGGGGAGACGAUCCCACAGAAGCUCUCACGUUCCUUCGGGCUCAUAUUGUGUGUUACCAAAGUUCUUUGUCAACCUACCGAGACGCUAAGAUUUGGUGGCUUCCGGAGUAUCUUCUUCCUCAGCGCAUCAAGGCGCGUGUUGAUAUACUCUUUAAAUUGUCCCCUCAGAAGUGGGACGCGGAGUGUAUCCGAGCCUUUAUUGAGCCCUUACUCAGUACUGAUGAGUCUUUUUCAAAUAUAAUAGUUCGUUAUGCAAGAGAGUAUCGAAUACCAGGUGAGCCUCUUAGGUACUCACAUCUUGCAACGUGA